CCUACGGCUGAAAUUAUGAUGAUAAUUUGAGGGACCUACAAAAUAAUUGGCGAAAAUUUGGGAAUGGCUAGUAACACUGCAGUAUCCUUUUCCCUCCCGCGACAUCGAUAGGAAUCUCAAAUCUCAAUGUCGUCAAAGAUGCGUCAAAGAGAGUCAUUUUAUAUUAUUAUCUGUGGUUAUAAUUUGACUGACGCAGAAAAAACGUUUUCUGUAAUUUCUUUCUGAACACUUUUAAUUUUAGCUAAAAUAUAUUAUAAAUAUUUAUUCUGCAGCAGACAUUUCGAAUAAAGUUUAUUACAUCGGUUAUCGCAUCAUCUAACAAUGUCUGAAGAGAGUAUUAUAAAUGUAAAAUACCGAUUAAUAGAAAUAUUUUCUGCACUGAACAUUGAAGAAUUGGAUCAAAUUGAAAAGUGGAUUAGUAGUCAUUCUUUUAAAAAAGAUUUGGAGACAAAGAAGUCGUUGAUUCGUUCAGAAAAAUGUCUGAAAAAUAUUGGGAAAACCAUUAAGAAGUUGAUACCUUUUGAAGGUGAACUAGAUUCAGAAAAUAUUACCCCGCCAACUGUUGGUGAUCAAGCUGACGUAACCACGAAGAACUCUUGUCACGUGGAUGAGUUUCUCUAUGAUGAUAUUGAAGUAGAUGAACUAAUUAGACAAGGAAAACUUAAACGGUUCUACUGUGCAGAUUGUAAUUCAAGGAAUAUUAAGGAAGUUAUAUUGCUGUCUCACUCUACGUCUAGAAGAGCAUCCCAAUACAUAUUCAAAUAUCUUCUGCCAAAAGACUUAGAGGAUAAACAAGUAUUAGAUGUUGGAUCCAGAUUAGGAGCAGUUUUGUAUGGAGCAUAUUACUUUUCUAAUGCUGGGAGCAUUGUGGGUGUAGAAAUGAACAAAGAAUGCUGUGAUAUACAAGAAAGAAUUAUUAACCAAUAUUCAAUGGAUGUUGACAGAAUAAGAGUAGUUCAUGCAGACAUAUUGGAAUGCAGUGACAUAGUCCACAAUUCGGACAUUAUAAUUGUGAAUACAUUGGACCACUUUUUAGAUGCAGAAAAACACAGAGAAAUAUGGCGAUUUUUCAAAAAACAUAUCAAAAGAGGAAGUUAUAUGAUAACCAGUAGAAGCAUGGUAGAAACAUUGGCUGGUUUAGGAAUGUCUGAAGAACUUAUUGAUUGGAUAAGCAUUUGUAGAUCAAAUCAAACAGAGAACGAAGUGUUUUUCAGCACUGAAGAUAAUGAAGAAUCUUUUAUGUAUGUUGUUAAAUAAAAUAAUAAUAUUCUUUCUUUA